UAUUGAAAUCGAAAAUGAUUUUUGAUUAUAGUCAUUAUUUUAUUUUAACAAUAUUUAUUCCAUUAUGUUUUUGUUACAAUUUUCGUAAUACAUUUAUAAAAUUAAAUGAUAAUGAAAAUGAUCGACCUCAACAGAUACACAUUUCUUUGGGAUCCAAUAAGAAUGAUAUUAUAAUAACAUGGACAACGUAUUCAUCAUGCAAUCAAACAGUAGUAAAAUAUGGCAUUGAACCAAAUCAAUUGAAUCAAAAUGCAAUUGGCAAUUGUAAUGAAUUUAUUGAUGGUGGCCCAAAACAACGAAAACACUUUAUUCAUCGUGUUCGUUUGUCCGAUCUUAAACCAUCUAUGCGUUAUUAUUAUCAAUGUUAUUCAUCAGAUGGAUUUCAAACACUUUCAUCAACAAUGUAUAGUUUUAAAACACAAAACCCCGCUAAUGAUUGGAAUGCACGUUUAUUAAUUUUUGGUGAUUUAGGAUUAGAAAAUGGCCAAUCUAUACCACGUAUUAAAAAAGAAAUUGAUGAUAAUAAUGUUGAUCUAAUAAUACAUGUUGGUGAUUUCGCCUAUGAUCUGGAUUCGAAUGAUUCGUAUGUAGGUGAUGAAUUUAUGAGAAUUAUCGAACCUAUUGCUGCCCGUGUACCAUAUCAAACUUGUCCCGGCAAUCAUGAACAUAAAUAUAAUUUUUCCAAUUAUAUUAAUCGUUUUACAAUGUACGAUAUGAUAGAUGGCAAUAUUAAUAAUCAUUAUUAUACGUUCAAUGUUGGACCAAUACAAUUCAUAGCAUUUUCAACAGAAUUCUAUUUUUUCAUUCAAUUUGGUUUUGCACAAACAUUUCGUCAAUAUCAUUGGCUUGAAAAAACAUUGAUUAAUGCGAAUAAAAAUCGUCAUGAACGGCCAUGGAUUAUAACAUUUGGUCAUCGACCAAUGUAUUGUGGUAAUAAUAAUUAUGAUGAUUGUACUCGAUUCGAAUCAAUCAUUCGAAAAGGAUGGCCAUAUGUUGGUUUAGGAUUGGAAGAUUUAUUUUAUAAAUAUGGUGUUGAUAUGGAAAUUUGGGCACAUGAACAUAGCUAUGAACGUAUGUGGCCUGUUUAUAAUGCUACCGUACAAAAUGGUACUGUUGAUCCAAAUAAUCCAUAUGAUAAUGCAAAAGCACCGGUACAUUUAAUAACUGGAUCGGCAGGUUGUAAAGAACGUUUAGAUCCAUUUCGAUUACCAUUACCAUGGAGUGCUAAACGUAUUGUCGAUUAUGGUUAUACAAAAUUAACAAUUAUUAAUCGUACACAUCUUUAUAUUCAACAAAUAUCUGAUGAUCUGGAUGGUAUGAUUGUAGAUUCAUUUUUAAUGAUUAAAAAUCAUGAUUUACCCGUUUGGCUACGUUAAUAAGAAGAAGAAUUUUUAUAUCCAGAAUAAUUCAAAAAUAAAAUAAAAUAAAAUCCAUUAUUAAAUCUAGAAUUUUUUUUUAAUUAUUGUAAUUAAUCAGUUUGAUUCCAUUUGGUUUAAUGAUAAUUAUAAUA